UUCUCUCUCUCUCUCUCUCUCUCUCUCUGAUAUUCAUAUUGAAGAAGAAGCUUGCUUCAUUCAUGGGUGGCUGCAAUGGUGGAAGCUUCCCUUGUGACUCAUCAGAAGACUUCUCAGCUUUGUUCAACCAACUACUCUCUCCGCCACCACAGCCCAAUUUGACCAUAACAAACCGGGUUCUUGGCCCUUCUUCUUCUUCUGCUGUUUCUUCAUCUGCUUUCCGUUUCUCUUCUUCUUCUCUUCAUGAUGAUGAUGAUGAUGAUGAUGAAGAUGAUCCCUUUCUUGAUCACAAUCCCAGUAACAAUAACAACAACAACAACAACAAUAAUAAUAAUAAUUGUAAUGACGAUUAUAUCCCUGCACCUCUUCAUGACUCUGAUGAUGCUAACAACAACACUAGGCCACAUCAUCAUCCAAUUGAGAACGGUGAGACUUCUGAAUUGCCAUCAAGGCAUGCCCCACCACCACGUACUUCUUCAAAGAGGAGCAGAGCUGCAGAAUUUCAUAAUUUAUCUGAAAAGAGAAGAAGGAGUAGGAUUAAUGAGAAGAUGAAGGCUUUACAGAAUUUAAUUCCAAAUUCUAACAAGACAGACAAAGCUUCAAUGCUAGAUGAGGCUAUAGAAUAUUUAAAGCAGCUUCAGCUUCAAGUGCAGAUGUUAAUGAUGAGAAAUGGUUUGAGCUUACAUCCAAUGUCACUACCAGGAGGAUUGAGACCUAUGAUCCUGCCACAUACUGGUGUGGAUUUUGAUGAAAGUAACAGAUUUCAGAACUCUAUCAAUGGUGGGGCUUCAUCAUCAUAUACAGCCGACGAAAGCUUGGUGGCGCGGCCGCCUUUUGGUUUUCACAGACCAUGCAGCAUCUCAAACCAAUCUGCUCUUAUGCCAUCAUUGACAAAUCUAGCUACUUCAGAUAACUCAUCAAGCUUUCAAUCCUCUAUCAAGGAUGGACACAUGCCAUAACUGCUUUUGGAUACAACAAGGAUCAGAAAAAACUCAUCAUCCCCAGAAGUGUCUUAAAAUCUCAUAUUUCGUUCAGCAAAGCCAUCUCUAAAUAGAAUAUAUUUUUGUUUUUGAGACAUUAUAGUCUAAACUUAAAACUCAAAUUUGCUAACUACAUAUGGAACUCCAUUGGGUUGCUUCACUUGAUCAUGGUAUAAUUGGUAAUAGUUUGACACAAUCUUUGUGCUCUUACAUUAGCAUUAAAAUAUAUAAUAUAUAUCCAAAUGCAAAAUGGGUCAUGUAACAUUCUACACCAUAUAUCAUGACUUUCUUUUUAAGUAUUUGAUUUUGUUUUAUAUGUUUGUUAGUUAUUUUCGUAGGUAAUUAGA